AUGGUCCACCUCAGGACGACGAACAGCUGGUUUGGCCUCUUGCUCGCCUUCACGAUGCUCUCUGCCUUUGUGCAGACGGUCACUGGUGCUGCUCUUGACUCGCGCUCUACGGCGAAGAAGUCAAAGGUGCAGGCCAAGGUCGACACCACCACUCCACGCAUCCUCGUGCCGCUCUACAUCUACCCUCUGCCCAACGCAUGGGAUCCACUCUACAGCGCCAUCCGUGCAAACCCAACUGCAGCAUUCACCGUCAUCAUCAACCCCAACUCUGGGCCUGGUUCAGGCAGUGCACCGGACUCGGACUAUGCUGCUGCUAUCAAGACGCUGAAAUCAACCGCGAGUGCGGGUCAGGUCCUCGAGCUGGUGGGAUACGUGCCUACAGGAUACGGAAAGACUUCGGCAACAAAGGUCAAGGCAGAUGUGACAAAGUACGCCAAGUGGCCAGCGACUGUCCGACCAGACGGGAUCUUCUUUGACGAAACAAGCACGCAGUCCAAGUACCUCGCCAAGUACGCCAACUUCACCGACUUUGUCAAAUCCAACAAAUGGUCCUCCUCAACCACCACCACCAUAUCAACAGCAAAGAGCACCACGGUCAAAGCGACAACCGCACGAACGGGCAUCACCAUCCUCAACCCAGGCACCUGGCCCCAAGACGCCCGCUUCUGGUCCACCUCAGCAGACCACAUCGUCGUGUACGAAGACAAACUCUCCAACUUCAACUACACUGACUAUCAGCACAGAACGUCCAAGAACCACCUCGGCUCCACCUUCCAAAGAAGUUACAUCUUCUACAACGUAGACCCAAGCAACGCCACCACCAAGGAUGGCAAGCGUUUCACCAGUCUCGACUCACUGGUAAAUGCGACCGUGACUGGACUCAGCUCCAGGGGCGGCCUGUUUAUCACCAACCUCGAUAUCGCCUCGACAGACGUCUAUGCCAAGUUUUCAACCAUUUGGCAACGAUUCGUCAAAUCCGUCGCGAGCCUCUCGAAAUGA